CAGCCGGGCGGCGCAGGUGAGGCCGGCCGCGCCAUGGUGGACCCGGUGGGCUUCGCCGAGGCGUGGAAGGCGCAGUUCCCGGACUCGGAGCCGCCGCGCAUGGAGCUGCGCUCGGUGGGCGAUAUCGAGCAGGAGCUGGAGCGCUGCAAGUCCUCCAUCCGGCGCCUGGAGCAGGAGGUGAACCAGGAGCGCUUCCGCAUGAUCUACCUGCAGACACUGCUGGCCAAGGAGAAGAAGAGCUACGACCGACAGCGCUGGGGCUUCCGGCGCGCGGCGCAGCCCCCCGACGGCGCCGCCGAGCCCCGCGCGCCGCGCCCCCAGCCCGUGCCAGCCGACCCGCCGCCCGCCGACGAGCCCGAGGCCCGGCUCGACGGGGAGGGCUCCCCGGGCAAGGCCAGACCCGCGGCCACGCGCAGGCCCGGGGCCGCCGCUCCCGCGGACCACGACGACCGCGGGCCCCCCACCAGCGUGGCGGUCCUGCGUUCCAAUUUCGAGAGGAUCCGCAAGGGCCCCGUCCAGCCGGCGGCGACGGACGCCGAGAAGCCCUUCUACGUGAAUGUUGAGUUCCACCACGAGCGCGGCCUGGUGAAGGUCAACGACAAAGACGUGUCGGACCGCAUAAGCUCCCUGGGCAGCCAGGCCAUGCAGAUGGAGCGCAAGAAGUCCCAGCAGGGCGCGGGACCCGGCCCUGGGGACCCGCCCAGGCCCUCCUACCGCGGGCGCCUCUCCGAGAGCAGCUGCGGCCUCGACGGCGACUUUGAGGACGCGGAGCUGAACCCGCGCUUCCUGAAGGACAACCUGAUCAACGCCAAUGGCGGCAGCAGGCCCCCCUGGCCGCCCCUGGAAUACCAGCCCUACCAGAGCAUCUAUGUCGGGGGCAUGAUGGUGGAAGGGGAGGGCAAGGGCUCGCUCCAGCGCAGCCAGAGCACCUCGGAGCAGGAGAAGCGCCUUACCUGGCCCCGGAGGUCCUACUCCCCUCGGAGCUUUGAGGACAGCGGAGGCGGCUACACCCCGGACUGCAGUUCCAAUGAGAACCUCACAUCCAGCGAGGAGGACUUCUCCUCGGGCCAGUCCAGCCGCGUGUCCCCGAGCCCCACCACCUACCGCAUGUUCCGGGACAAGAGCCGCUCACCCUCGCAGAACUCCCAGCAAUCCUUCGACAGCAGCAGCCCCCCCACGCCCCAGUGUCAGAAGCGGCACCGGCAGGGCCCGGUGGUCGUGUCCGAGGCCACCAUCGUGGGCGUCCGCAAGACGGGGCAGAUUUGGCCCAGCGAUGGGGACAGCUUGUCCAGCAGGCUGCUUCAAGACGGCGCCUUCCAUGGAGACGCAGAUGCACCAUUUGGGACGCCGCCGGGGUACGGCUGUGCCACGGACCGGGCCGAGGAGCAGCGCCGGCACCAGGAUGGGCUGCCCUACAUGGAUGACUCACCCUCCUCCUCGCCCCACCUCGGCAGCAAGGGCAGGGGCAGCCGGGACGCACCGGAGUCCACCAAAGUGAGUGAGCUGGACUUGGAAAAGGGCUCAGACAUGAGGAAAUGGGUCCUGUCUGGAAUCCUGGCUAGCGAGGAGACUUACCUGAGCCACCUGGAGGCGCUGCUGCUGCCCAUGAAACCUUUGAAGGCUGCUGCCACCACCUCUCAGCCGGUGCUGACGAGCCAGCAGAUCGAGACCAUCUUCUUCAAAGUGCCUGAGCUCUAUGAGAUCCACAAGGAGUUCUACGACGGGCUCCUCCCCCGCCUGCAGCAGUGGAGCCACCAGCAGCGUGUGGGCGACCUCUUCCAGAAGCUGGCCAGCCAGCUGGGUGUGUACCGGGCCUUUGUGGACAACUACGGAGUUGCCAUGGAAACGGCUGAGAAGUGCUGUCAGGCCAACGCUCAGUUUGCAGAAAUCUCUGAGAACCUGAGAGCCAGAAGCACCAAGGAUGCCAAGGACCAAACGACCAAGAACUCUCUGGAAACCCUGCUCUACAAGCCUGUGGACCGGGUCACGAGGAGCACACUGGUCCUGCAUGACUUGCUGAAACAUACCCCCUCUGGCCACCCCGACCACCUGCUGCUGCAAGACGCCCUCCGCAUCUCGCAGAACUUCCUGUCCAGCAUUAACGAGGAGAUCACACCCCGCCGGCAGUCCAUGACCGUGAAGAAGGGAGAGCACCGGCAGCUGCUGAAGGACAGCUUCAUGGUGGAGCUGGUGGAGGGGGCCCGCAAGCUGCGGCACGUCUUCCUCUUCACUGACCUGCUCCUGUGCACCAAGCUCAAGAAGCAGAGCGGAGGCAAAACCCAGCAAUACGACUGCAAAUGGUACAUCCCGCUCACGGAUCUCAGCUUCCAGACAGUAGACGACUCGGAGGCCACACCCAACAUCCCUCUGGUGCUGGAUGAGGAGCUGGAUGCCAUGAAGAUCAAGAUCUCCCAGAUCAAGAGUGACAUCCAGAGAGAGAAGAGAGCAAACAAGGGCAGCAAGGCCAUCGAGAGGCUGCGAAAGAAGCUCUCGGAGCAGGAGUCGCUGCUCUUGCUCAUGUCCCCCAGCAUGGCCUUCCGCGUGCACAGCCGCAACGGCAAGAGUUACACGUUCCUGAUCUCAUCCGACUAUGAGCGGGCCGAGUGGAGGGAGAACAUCCGGGAGCAGCAGAAGAAAUGUUUCAAGAGCUUCUCUCUCACGUCUGUGGAGCUGCAGAUGCUGACCAACUCAUGCGUCAAGCUUCAGACCGUCCACAGCAUCCCGCUGACCAUCAACAAAGAAGAUGAUGAAUCUCCCGGGCUCUACGGGUUCCUGAAUGUCAUCGUCCACUCCGCCACUGGCUUUAAGCAGAGUUCUAGUCUGUACUGCACCCUGGAGGUGGAUUCCUUUGGCUACUUUGUAAAUAAAGCCAAGACACGUGUCUACAGGGAUACGGCUGAGCCCAACUGGAAUGAGGAGUUUGAGAUCGAGCUGGAAGGCUCACAGACCUUGAGGAUACUGUGCUACGAGAAGUGUUACAACAAAAGCAAGAUCACCAAGGAGGACGGCGAGAGUGCAGACAGGAUCAUGGGGAAGGGCCAGGUGCAGCUGGACCCCCAGGCCCUUCAGGACAGAGACUGGCAGCGGACCAUCAUCGCCAUGAAUGGGAUUGAAGUGAAGCUGUCAGUCAAGUUCACCAGCAGAGAGUUCAGCUUGAAAAGGAUGCCUUCCCGAAAACAGACGGGCGUCUUCGGAGUCAAGAUCGCCGUGGUCACCAAGAGGGAGCGCUCCAAGGUGCCCUACAUCGUGCGCCAGUGCGUGGAGGAGAUCGAGCGCCGGGGCAUGGAGGAAGUGGGCAUCUACCGCGUGUCCGGAGUGGCCACCGACAUCCAGGCACUGAAGGCGGCUUUUGACGUCAACAACAAGGACGUGUCGGUGAUGAUGAGCGAGAUGGACGUGAACGCCAUUGCCGGGACGCUGAAGCUCUAUUUCCGAGAGCUGCCUGAGCCCCUCUUUACCGACGAGUUCUACCCCAACUUCGCCGAGGGCAUCGCUCUCUCAGACCCCGUGGCAAAGGAGAGCUGCAUGCUUAACCUGCUGCUGUCACUCCCGGAAGCCAACCUGCUGACAUUCCUCUUCCUUCUGGACCACCUGAAAAGGGUGGCAGAAAAGGAGACAGUGAACAAGAUGUCCCUGCACAACCUCGCCACGGUGUUCGGCCCCACGCUGCUCCGGCCCUCAGACAAGGAGAGCAAGCUCCCCACCAACCCCAGCCAACCCAUCUCCAUGACCGACAGCUGGUCCCUGGAGGUCAUGUCCCAGGUCCAGGUGCUGCUGUACUUCCUGCAACUGGAGGCCGUUCCUGCCCCAGACAGCAAGAGACAGAGCAUCCUCUUCUCCACCGAAGUCUGAAGGCCCAGCUCCACCUCCAAAAUGGCGGCAGAACGGCCUGGGAACCUCCUAGGGAAACGGGCUGUCCACAGAGCAGGAACCGAACCUUCUAGAGGAGUCAUUAGGCCACCCCCCAGGGCCAGGCUGCUGCCAAGAGACAACUACCC